AUGGCAUCGAAUCAUAAAGUAAUGCCUGAUAAAUUAGAAUUUAUAUUUACACAUGUUCAUCAAAUAUUACUAGAAAAUAAUUUCAUUCCUACAUUAAAUAAAUAUCGAAAAGAUGCAAUUCGACAUGCAAAAGAUGGAAAAAAAAAAUUUACAUUAUCAUAUGAUAUCAACAAUAUCAAAGUACAUGUUAGUUUGAUUCAAAAGCAACACAACAUAGCUACUUUUAUCAUAGAUGGAAUAAAUCUACAACUACAUGAAGAAGAUACAAUAGAUUUAGAUGAACUUAAAAUUAUAAAUGAACAAGUUGAAUUAAAUGAAAAAACAAAUAAUAAGAUCAACUUAAUAAUGGAGAAUACGAUGAACACAAUUGCACCUGCAUACAAUGCUCCAUCAUCAAUUUAUAUUUCAACAUCAGCGUGUACUUCAACACCAUCAUAUGAUCCAUCAUCAUCGUCUUAUCCAGCAUCAAUUUCUUCGUCAAUACCAUCGUAUAGUUCAUCAUCAUGGUACUAUCCAGCAUCAUCGUCUUAUUCAUCAUCCAUUUCUUCGUCAACAUCUUCGUAUGGUUCAUCAUCAUGGUACUAUCCAGCAUCAUCGUCUUAUCCAGCAUCCAUUUCUUCGUCAAUACCAUCGUAUAGUUCAUCAUCAUGGUACUAUCCAGCAUCAUCGUCUUAUUCAUCAUCCAUUUCUUCGUCAACAUCUUCGUAUGGUUCAUCAUCAUGGUACUAUCCAUCAUCAUCGUCUUAUUCAUCACCCAUUUAUUCUUCAAUACCAUCGUAUAGUUCAUCAUCAUGGUACUAUCCAGCAUCAACACACACUUCAAUAUCAUGGUAUGGUUCCUCAUCAAACUGUUCUUCAACGUCACACAAUACUCCAACAUCAUACAAUGAUUAA